GCGACCAUGAACGCCGCCCUCCGGGUCAUCUCCGAGGCCGACCAGAGCUCCGUCGACCACCUCGUCCGGGAGUGGGAGAAGCAGGUGCACGACCUCGCCGACGGCGCUGAGGAUUGCAUGGACACCUACUCGCUUUGCAUCGUCCGCCCCACCCCACGACCGCCGAAUGACGUCUCCGGCAGCCAGCCCAUCUUCUCCUGGGCCGGAUACCUGCUUUCGCGAGCCAAGAGCGUUGCCAGGUACCCGUACGUGAAGCUUGUGCUGCAGCGCACCCUCGCUGCUGACAUCAAGGCCCUCCUGGUCCGUACCACCAAGGUCAGCGAACGCCGCGCUCACUACGGCAUUGACCUACAAAGGUCCGCCUGGUUUGCCCCGGUCUCGGCGGCGUCUGUGUCUGCAAAUGCCCUCCGCCGUGUUGACGACCCUGAUCAGUUUGUCGGCAUCACAGAACAGGCCAACAGCCUGGCCGGGAAGAUCAAAGCGGCGGCGGUCCAUGAGGGUCUGAAUGUCUUCUCCAUUGUGGGGUUCGGAGGACUGGGGAAGACAACCCUGGCCAUGGAGUUGUGCCGGCAGCUGGACAUGGACUUCCCUCGCCAGGCGCUGGUGUCCGUGUCACAAGCCUUUGAUGCCACGAAGGACGUCAAGGGACUGCUGGUACCAGUGCUCCAGCAAAUCCUCAAGGAUUAA